AUGACUUCGUCCAGCGCCCUCAGCCUCGACGGCCAUCACCAUGCCAGUCCCGCCCACGCCCACGCUCAUGCUCCAGCCCCAGCAGCAGCUGCCACGACUCCGGCGCCUUCGCUAGCUGCUGCUGCUGAGCGACCGUCCGACGAAUCAAGGCCGGGAGCUGCUUCGACGCUGCCCGGAGCCGUGCAAGAGCCGGCGCAAGAGCCUGGACGGGAGCCUGAGCUGGAGGCCGGGUCCACGAUGGAAGCCUCAACCGGCGACAAGACACCGUCGUCCGGUCCUCAGCCGGGACUUCAAGGCGGAUACGGACCAUCACUUGCUGAUACAACACCGACAGCAGCAGCAGCAACAACAGCAGCAGCACCAACUACCGCACCUGCAGCAUCAACAGCGACGUCAUCAGCGCCCCCGACGGAUUCCGCUUCUGCUGCGCCUGCGCCCCUACAGCAGACGCCUACAUCGGCAGAUAUUCCAGCAACAUCAUCCUCUGCAGCUUCCAACACAAAUCAACAGACGACUCCGACGGUGCCGCCUCCGCCAGCUGACGCUGGUGCCAAGACCGACAGCGGCAUGGAGCCACCCGUUACACCGACACCAAACACCUCUGGAACCACUGGCUCUGGCGAGCCGAAAGAUAAAAUCUCUUCGGUGGAAAACGGGAGCGAGGACGUUACAAUGGUGGAUGCUCCUGUUGUCAGCGCGGCUACCGCACCAGCAGCUGAGGCGCCGCUCCCAACACCUACAGUGCAGACUGCUCAGGUGGCUACGACAGAGCAACUUCAGCCUUCACCGUCCUACACACAACAGGCCGCCGCCAUAGACCAUCGCCAUGCAUACAUGAUGAUGGCGUUGGCCUCCAUGUCGGCGGCACCGCCCGCGAUGUCUCCGCCGCCUACCGUAACUCCGUCUCAGAUGACGCUGCCGAAUCUCAUGGGAGAUGGGUACUUUGGCGCGGGCGCCGCUAAUAACCUACGGCAGGCUGGCCCCGACAUGGGCCUCGAGUCCUUUGCUCGUGUAGAGUUUGCGGACAGUGUCUUUCAAAUGACCACUUACGCCGUCAUCAUCGGCCGUGACCAGCGAGCUCUGGAACAAGCCAGGCGCGAUGGGAAGCGUGCUGAUGAGUAUCAGCGGCGGGUCGAGGACAACGCCAGCAAGGGGCUUCCGCCACCAUCCCCUCUGGCUCAUGAUCGUCACAAGUUUAGUAAAUCGUAUGUCAGUGAGGAGGGUGGCAUGCUUGGCCCGGAAUCAGAUAGCGAAGAAAACGGGCGUCCAGCAAAGCGGCGCAAGACCAGCACGACAGGAUCAUCACAGCAAAACGAAGCCGAAAAUCCCCAGGACGGCGUCAUAUCAAACCGUCAAUACGUCUCUCAUACCCCAGGAGCGGCUGCCGUCGACUUGGCCUCAUUGAGGCCGUCCCCUUGGCAUGUUCCGUUUAUUGGUAUCCAUUCUCCCGGUCCAAACAUUGCAAGCAAAACCAAAGCCAUAUCCCGGGAACAUUUAAAAAUUGCCUACAAUCAAGACGAGGGUGUGUUUGAAGCAAUCCCUCUGCAUAAGAACGGCUUUUUCUGCGAGGAUGUGCAUUACAAGAGCGAAAAGGUCGUUUUAAAGUGCGGAGAUCGACUUCAGAUCAAGGAUGUUGGCUUCAGAUUCAUUAUCAACGGCGUGGAGAGGGGAAGAACCGGCGCAGAAGAGUAUCAGGAAGAAGAUGCUAAAAAGAAGCGGCAUGCUCACGGUGGAAAGAGCAUGAGCUUCGACUUUGAGCAAUCACACGGCAACGGUCAGAUUCAAGAUACGAGCGAUGAGUUGUCAGAUGUGGAUGUCAGCCCGGCGGAAUUGUCCGACUUUGGUGGGGACGAUGACGAGGAGGGAGAGGAAGAGAGAGCGGAAGACGAGGGAGAGGAGGACGAAGAAGAAGAGGAGGAGGACGAGGGGGAUGAUGACGAUGAAGAGGGCGAUGCAGAUGUGCCUGAAGCAUCCAUCGAAGGCGAUUCUGAAAUCAAAGACGAAGGAGAAGCUCAUAACGAUCUCUCCAUGCCGCAGAUACCCAGAAAGAGGGGCCCUGGCAGGCCACCCAAGAACGGCAUCAUGUCAAAGAGAGAACAGCGCUUGCUUAAGAAGCAGCAGCAAGAAAUGGCCAAGAAGACACUGCCUCAAGCACCGCCAGUCGAGCCGCCUAUUAAGCGCAAAGUCGGACGGCCACGGAAACACCCCUUGCCCGAAGACGGAGUCGACCGUCCAGAGAAGCGCAAGUACAAGCCUCGGAAGCCCAAGAAUGAGGACGGUGCCGAAGGCUCCGAUGCGGAGAGACGAGCAAGAGAGAAGAAGGAAAAGAAGGCGCGGCCCAAGUCGCCGCCCCUGGAGCUCAAGAUUGAAGACUACACCGAGGAGCAGCUCCAGAAGCCCAACAAGAAUUAUGGUGUUCUAAUCGAUGAAACAUUGACGGCGGCGGGCCCCGACGGUCUCACAUUGAAGCAAAUCUACAAGAGAAUUUGCCAAAGAUACCCGUGGUUUUAUUUCCACACCGAGACAAAGGGAUGGGAGAGCAGCGUUCGCCAUAAUCUGAUUGGGAACGAAGCGUUUAAGAAGGAUGAGACGACAAAUCUGUGGUCUCGAGUACCUGGUGUUGAGUUGGAUGCUGGCAAGAAAAGGAAGGCAACCUCUCCGGAUCGGGGCCUGGCUGCAGCGCAGGCGUAUGGACAUUACUCGUAUCCAUAUGCCGCACAGCACAUGGCUCCCGGGACACAUCCCGGCUAUCCCCCAGGCCAAGCGCAAGCUCCGGGAUACCAAGCACCUGCAUAUGCUGUACAGCCGAGCCACGCGGCGCGCCCAGUGCAGUAUGGCGCGUCACAGUCACCCCCUGGACACCAACCAGUUCAACCAGCCGGGGGCGCUCCGCCUCCGGCUCCGAUACAGUUGCCAGGAUAUGGUCCGCCGGCAGCCCCGGCUCGCCCCCAGCUGGGACUGCCUCAGCCUGGAGCAUACAGCUCGCCGUAUGCCUCAAGGCCUCCUCCAUUGGCAAGUCCAGCUGUUAAAGCCGAGGACGGUGGCGCUGGUGUACCGGCCGCUGCUAUUGCACCCGGCCAGCAGCCACCCCGAACAAUCAUUCCGGCGGCCACCACUGAAUCAAAGGCGGCAGUUUCGAGCGCUGUACCGGCAUCUCAACAGAUGACCGCGCAAGCCGCCGCUCACUCACCACCAGCUCGAGCACCAACCGCCGCACCUGCUCGGCCAAUUAUCGAACCCCGCCUCCUCACCGCAGUUGUCGGCCUCAAGAACGGCUUGGUGGAAAACCUCAAGAGGGCUGGCAAUCCCAAGGCCGAGGCCAUCGUCAUGUCAGCACUGAACAGGUGCAUUGGACUCAAGAAAGCGGCCACUGAAAACGACAAGAUGGAAGCCAUCUGUAUCAAGGGAAUCCGGCAGGUCAUCGAUGGCUUCACCAAGGGCAAAAGUCCCACGCCCGGCAGUUCCACCGCGUUGCCGACAGACACACCACCUGUUUUCGAACAUAAAGUGUUGGCUGCUUUGAACGGCCUCAAGGAUGCCUCUGUCAAUGCAAUCAAGGCCGGCCUAGGUGAAGCCAAGGCCGAGGCCGUGACUCUGUCCGCCAUCGAUCGUGUCAUUGGCCUUGCAGAUGCGAGCAUCAUGCCAAAAGCUGCAGAAGGCGAGCCGGUGAGCAACUUUGAAGGAGUCGAGCAGCAUCUCAUGAAAUCGAUCCGGCAGCUCCUCCAAGGCAUGAACCAAAAGCUACAAGGUGAUUGA